AUGGCUAGUCUCACUGAAGACUUGGAGUCUGAUUCCUCCGAGGAAGAGUGGGUUAUUGGUGCUAUUAGCGACUCAAAGCAAAAACUAAAGUCAACACAACAUGUGCCACACCAAAAGCAUAACGCUCAUGGCAGAAGCAGGCCUACUCUAUCCGCUGCUUCAUUUCGUAUAGCAAAAGCCUAUUUACCGGCUUCUGCAAAACCUUUUCAACCUGCGGCUGCUGCUGCUGCCUCCUCGACAAAACCCACAUUAUUAACAACAACAGCAACAACAGCAUUCCCAGCCCAAAGCGAAACAAACAACACGCCCGUCGCACCUGUGCUGGCAUUCGUACCCUCGUCAACUCACAUCUCCAACGAAGAACUGGUGGACAUUUGCAAAAACAUGGACGACGCAUGCUUGGUCAACCGACUUGUCAAUGUGUACAAGAACGUUGAAAUCUACAUUCGUAUCCGCGAGAUUGAAACUGGAUCCGUGAUUGAAUCAAGGCUCAAAGACUACCUCCACUAUUGCAAUGAUCCCUGUGAUUUUAUUCUUAAUACCUUGGUGACAUUGUCCAAUUACUUUGCCGACAACCCCAAGAACAAGGAUUUGACCAGUAAAUUCAGACGAUUGCUGGCAACCAACCUCUGCAGUGCACUCGCCAAGUUCUUGAAUACACCUCUUGAACAAAAGAUUGAACAGUGCAAGGCAAGACUUGCGCCAGAGCAGCAACCACAGCAGACAGAAGAAGUGGAUUUGAUUUCAUUUGCUGAUGAUCAUGACGAAAAGCAGAGCGAGGAUGUUGAUUUGAUAUCAUUUGACGAUGUGGAUCAACACGACCAGCAGCAACAUACCGUCAACGAUCAAUAUGAGGAUGAGGAUGAGGAUGAGGAUGAGGAUGAGGAUAAAGAAGAGGAAGAAGAACAUGUCAUCACUCUGGCAGACAUGCUCGGUAUGCCAGCUGAUGUGUUUGAUCGAUAUACCCUAACUCGUGAUCACCAAUUGAAACUCGUUCAAACGAUUGAAACGAUACCAUCGCCAGUUGUUGUCUAUUAUGCCAUGGAUGUCUUUGACCUCCCCGCAUUGAUUGCUUCUGGCUGUGAAUUAGAGGACGAUGGAUUGAAACUAUGCCGUUCUCUGAUGAAGCAUGCCUACUACGAUGAAGCAGUUGCCACCAUUCGUAAACUCGCAUUGUUCUCUCGAUUCCCACCCGAUACCACUGCAGAUCAUUUCUUCACUGCAGGUCAUGGCAUGUGUCUCCCUUCACUCUAUGCGGAUCACCCUGAUCUUCAAAAGCAAUUGCUGUCUUUUAUCAAUAAACAACUUCGGUUCAAUUAUGCUGGUAAUCUCGAUGUUGUACCCCAAAUCUACUUGAAGGAUCUGUUUGAUGGCACGGAUAAGACACAUCAAUUAUCCAGAUUGAAGGAACGUAAAUUCCAGAAAGACUUGGUUAAUUGCGGCGCAAAGAUCAUGAAGGAGCUGGAUAUCCAAUCAGGCGAUGACUACUACUUUAUACUGCUCUCACAACGCUACGCUUGUUUGCGUUACAUUCUUGCUCAAAGGGCAAUUCAGCAGCUUGAAGAUGACGACACCUCCAUUGAUGCUAGUUCCAACUUUAAUGGCUUGAUUGACCUCGUCUGCCAAGAUGAUCCUGUCUUGGCUCGUCUGGCUAUCAAGGAACUGAUUGACACGGGUGAUGUGGUGGCCCCGCCUUAUUUUGCUUCAUUGUACAAACAGCAAGAAUUCUACUGCCGCUACAAUGCUCUACCACUGAAUCAACGGCUUCUGGGUGUUGUCAAAGGAGAACAACUUUCCCGUCAUCGCACCCAAUUUUCUCGCAAGAAGCCGGUCAAGACACAGCCUGAAAACUUUUACCGAUUAUCGCCCCAUGUCAAGCGUGUCCUGGUGGAUUCUGAGGCAACACUGCUGCAAAUGAAAGGCAUCCUUGCAAGUACAACGGUCUGUGGUCUGGAUACGGAAUGGGUACCUACAUUUGCCAAAACUGGAUUUGUAAAGACGGCGCUUAUGCAAAUUGCUUCCGAUAUUGAUGGCUAUGUGUUUUUGGUGGAUCUCAAGACCAUUUUUGAGCCGCAACAUGCUCGCUUGUAUCAUUUGACUGAAGAAAUCUUGCGUCGUUUAUUUGAAGAUGAAAACACGGUUAAAUUAGCAUUCGACUUUUCUGGUGAUUUAGACCUACUGCACCAGUCUAUGCCUUCAUCCCAGCAAUGGAAGAUCGAAGAGUUGGUUGACUUUAAAAAUAUCAAAACAUUGGGUGGUAAAGCCGUUGCCGGUGGUCUGGCAGGUGUGGUUAAUUCAUUUCUCAAUGUGUCCUUGAACAAACGCCAGCAGCUGAGCAACUGGGAAAAGCGUCCUCUUACUGAAGAGCAGAUCAUUUACGGUGCUUGCGACGCAUACUGUCUACUGGACGUCUAUUAUGUUCUUUGCCAACGCAAUCAUCCGUUUGUAAAAGAUUUGCCUCGAUCUUCCUACCUCAACGACACACAGGAACGCUUCUCACCAAGCUCCUUGGGUAUCGCUGAUAACACCAGCUCUUUCUAUCAAGAAGCACAAUCACAACCACUACCCCUAUCCUCGUUUUCACCUUGUUCCUCUUUACUACCGUCAUCGUCAACUCAUCGUGCCCCACCUUUUUGA